AUGAGAGGUUUCCACAUCCUUCAUCUUGAAUUGUCGCUCGGUCAGAAUACGAAUACGAAUUCGAAUAGGAAUCCGAACCCAGUUGAUUGCGUGGAUGUUCGGGGUGAGGGUGGAGACGACGGAGGGAAAGCGCCAAGACUGCCUCGGUGGACGAGGCAAGAAAUUCUGGUUCUGAUACAGGGAAAGAGAGAUGCUGAGAACAAAUUCAGGAGGGGCCGAACGACCGGAUUGCCAUUAGGGUCGGGUCAGGUGGAGCCCAAAUGGGCAUCGGUCUCUUCCUACUGCAGAAAACAUGGAGUCAACAGAGGUCCGGUUCAGUGCCGGAAAAGGUGGAGCAAUUUGGCCGGAGACUACAAGAAGAUCAAAGAAUGGGAACCUCAGAUAAAAGAGGAGUCGGAUUCCUUUUGGGUCGUGAGAAACGAUUUAAGGAGAGACCGAAAAUUGCCCGGAUUUUUUGACAAGGAAGUUUAUGAUAUUCUCGAUUCAGGCUCCCAAGGUUCGGCGUUGGCUCUCGCUCUUUCAUCGCCUCCUUCAAAUGACAGUAACGGUGUGCAAGGACAUGCACAUGGACAUGGACACCAAAAGAGGUUGAAGCCUUCAUGGGGAGAUGAGAAUUACAUGAGCAAAGGGCCCCUGAUUGUGGAAGAGGCAAUAGAUGAUGAAAAAAGUGAUAAAGACCUCGACUUUGAAAGAAACAACGAUGGUUGA